UGACAACUGAGAAUAUGGGGUCGACAGUUGGGUUGAACAUUUUCUUGUUUUGACAGGCUUAUGAUGAUAUCUCAAAGGAGAUACCAGAUCUUGAUGCCAUAAAGCCUGAAGAUUGGGAUGAUGAAGAAGAUAGUCAGUGGACACCCCCAACAAUGCUUAAUCCAGACUACAAGGGUCCAUGGAAGGCAAAGAUUUGUGGAAUUUCUACGUUAAAUUUAUGUAACUGUUGUCAUUGGAAACCACUGAUUUAUAACUAAGUUCAAAGGUGACGAUGAUAUCUAUGUUUUCCCGAAGUUGAAGUACGUGGGCAUUAAAUUGUGAGAACUUUUGAGACCCAUGAGGAGAGGUCCGUGUCAUUUGCCAGUACUGAUGAGUCUAGUUGUGAUUUUGGUAAUAUUUGGAAAGCUCACCGUAACUGUUUCAAAACUUUGCACACAAAGCUUAGGUGAGACCAGGAGCAACUCCGGGAAUGAGGCAAAAGAGUUAUAUGAGGAAACCUUGACUCGCGCCUAAGGUCACGUGUCCGUCAUCACCAAAGUUUCCUCGGCUUGGGAACUUGGGUACAAGAGGGGAAGGUCAUGCAAUGAGCACCCCCGCUCGCCCGAUCCGGAGGAGUACGACCCGCAGGAGCAUAUUCUACCUCCUAGCACCUUCCACAACUUCAUGGACUUUGUAUGUCGGGCGUCCGCAGACCUGCUGCUUUGGGAGCUGGAGUCCCAUCUAUCUCAUCGCGUGCAUGAGGUAUCCUCCCGUUUCACACGGGGUUAUGGAUCGAUCAUUGCGAGGGAGUGGUAUAUGGAGCUCCCAGACAUUGUCCGACAUAUUGUGGACGAGGCUGGGUUUGGCCCAUUCUGUGCGGGAUUGUCGCGUCAUCCAGUGAGCAGGACCCUCUUGGGCGCACUUGUAGAGGGAUGGUGGGACACCACCAACUCUUUCCAUUUUUCAACCAUCGGGGACAUGACGAUGACCCCAUAUGAAUUCUCCAUGCUGACGGGCCUUGACGUGGCAGGCUGGCCGAUCCCAUACGAUGUAGAUAUGGGUGAGUGGGAGGCCACUUGGAUUUAUCUGCUCGGAGCCCGUUCGCUGAUCGACAGAUCAUCAGGCAGGGUCAGGUACACCUGGUUCUCCGAGCGGUACAUGAGGACUACGCCCAUGACCAUUGAGGCCAUACAACAGUAUGCCCCGGGAUUUUUGAUGUUCCUCAUCGGGACCACUCUAUUCUCCGACAGGGGGAACACAGUCGGGCUUUACCUUCUAAGUGCCCUGGUGGACCUAUCACAGGUCAGUCAGUAUAAUUGGGGUGGCGCUGGCCUCGCUACCCUUUACUGCUAUAUGAGCGCGACCUCCCGAGAGCGGGGGGCCAUAGUAGGUGGCUACUGGCGAGCCUGGGAGUUGUGGGUUUACGCGUACUUCCGGCCAUUAGCCCCUGAGCUCGAGGUCGAGGCACCUCUUGCGAUCCCCUACUCACGCAGAUUUGAGGGUCGGUACUGGCCUAGGCCUCAGGAGACUCAGCUCUACCUUCGGCAAUUCUUCGAUACUAUACGGGCAACGGAAGUGAUCCAGAACUCUUAGUUCUUCAUGCUUUCAGCUUUGAUUCAUCUUGCAUAUUUAUGACAUCUAAUCAAUUUAUGCACUUGUUACCUGCAGGUGACCUGGCAGCCUUGGAUCGACAUGCCAGGGAAUCCUCGAUUUUUGUUUGCUGGGGCAUGGGGCUCCUCCCAAUGUAGGGUCUUGUUUGAGGAGCCGGUCGGUAGGGCUUGGUUUCUCGGAGAGCGUUUCAUGCGCCAGACGAUGGGCAACUCCAAUCAGGACGUCCCUUCACUGCCUCCACCAGAGAUGCGGUCCGCAGGAGGUCUCACACCCCGGAAGGCGGAGGACCUUAUAUUGGGUAUUGACGCGAUCCUUUUCGUGGAGGGGGAUUACGCGACAUAUCGCCAUACGUACCUGAUGCCUCCGCUGCCAGGUGUCCGUACCCCCAGGAGGAGAGUUACUGACAUGCCUUCCUCAAGUCGUGCCCGAGCCGGAGACAUUCUUUCAUAGCAGCGGGGCAGGCACAUCGAGAGCCAGGAUUGGAGGGAUGCCCUCGACUUGGCAGUAUGCUGGAUGACUAGAUCUUCCGACCGAGCUGACAGGCUGGCAGUAUGGGACUUCUUACCCGAUUCCACUGGAGCCUCCGAUGCCCGACCAUCGAUACGUCAGUGACCUUGACUCACCACCACCUCCCAAGGAGUAUACUGAGGGCUUACUCGGAGUGGUGGCCUCACUCGAGAGUAUGGUUCUGUAAAGGGAGACGCUGCUAUAUGCCUCCGGCGUUUGGGUCCCACCUCUACAAACUGGGCCAUCCAGGCCUUCUUGAGCGGCUAGGAGAGGAGUCUCAGCAUGUGGCCUGAGGGGACGCAGAGCACCUGUUAGACAGGAUGACAAGUCUAGCGAGGAGGAGGAGUCAGCACAUCCACAGUCAGAGACAUCUGCAGGCAGGGAUGACGGCUCUGGUUCCAGUUCUGAGGGCGGAGGUGACGCCGAGGAGGAUUCCGAGGACGGUGACUCCGAUUUAGAUGAAGGUGCCGGUGCCGGUGGCGCAGAGGCUACUCAGCCGAAGAGGGUGAAGAGGGCCUCUCGGUCUUGAGCUUGAUAGCACUGAUGCAGAUAUUCCUGCAUUAUUUUUCUUUUGACAUGUAGUUGUAGCACAUUGUACAGCUUAGGCAGUUUUAUUUUCUUCAAAACUUGUACCCUGUUGUAAAAUGUUGUAAAAAGGAAACAUAAUGGAAUGGAAACGAC